AGCAGCUCCGCGAUCGCCUUCUCAGUUCCUCUUUGUCUCUGAGGAGAUAACUACGCACCGUUAUGCUAACAAACCGGCUUGUGAACAUAGCAGAUAGAGAGAUAAUAAAAUGAGCUCCGAAGAAGAACAGGAGCUGACCGAAGCCCUUGAAGUUGAGGAAGUGGAGGAUGCUGACAUUGGAUUAUCUGAUAGCUCUGCAUCCAAAGCUAGGCUGCUUGACGAUCGUGAACGAGAGGAAGACGAAGACAGUGGAGAUGAGUUUGACGAUAUAGAUAUUGCAGAUAGUGAUGAUGACGCUCGCACAAGGUUUCGUGUCAAAUCUGUUAUUCGCAGAAGGUCGGCGGUGAGAAGAAGCGGCCGAGCUCUCAAAUGUUGCCUUCUUUUUGGAUUCAUUGUUAGUGGUAUUGCUAUGGCUGGGAUCGCCAUCCAUCGCUACGGGCCGAAGCAGGUACCGUCUGGAAAUUCGCAAUUUUCCGCAGUCCUGAAAUCACCGGCUGACACAGCAUCAUACAAAGUGUUCAAAUUGGAAAAUGGCAUCAAAGUGUUGCUUAUCUCGGACAAUGCCACGCUCAACUUGCCAAUGGCCGUGUCAGUGAAUGUCGAUGCUGGUUUCUUCAACGAACCCGCUGAGUACCCAGGAUUGGCUCAUUUCCUUGAGCACAUGCUGUUCCUGGGAAGUGAAAAGUACCCAGCCGAAGGCGGCUACGCAAACUAUCUGGCUAUGAACGGGGGCAGCUCAAAUGCUGGAACCAACACGGACUACACAAAUUACUACUUUCACGUCAAUCAGGAUGCCGGCGCCAAUGCGUUAGACAUGCUGGCUCAGUUCUUCAUCUCGCCAACUCUGAGUAAGGACGGCGUGGCGCGAGAAGUGAAGGCAGUGGACUCGGAGUUUCGCAACUCCCUUUCCAACGACGCGUUUCGGCGCGAGCGCUUUCUCAGCCUCAUGUCCAGCCAGCAGUCGCAGGCAUCUCGUUUCGCAGUCGGCUCAGUGGAGACCCUGAACAAGCCGGGUGUUCUGACGGCGUUGCGCAAGUUCUUCAAGGAGCAGUACACGUCGGAUAGACUCUCCGUUGCAGUCUGGAGCACUGACAAACUGGAGAACUUGGAACAGCUUGUCAGGCAGUCAUUCUCGGCCAUACCGAAAACAACAUCUCCCGAGUUCAUCCCCCGGGCACCAUUUCCCCAUGAGAGCCGUGCUCAGAUGGGGCACUAUGGAACGAUAAACGGUGACGACACGAUCAAUGUCUACUUUCAGAUAGAGCCGAUACGCGGAAAGGAGCGAAGGCGCCCGGUAGACCUGAUCGUGCAUCUGUUAGCACACGAAGCGAACGGCACUGUCCUGGCCAAGCUUCGUCACGUCGGCUGGGCUACGGCACUGAGGGGCUACACGGAUGAGUCCAACGUCGGAUACGCUCUUCUUACCUUCACUAUCCAGCUGACGGUGGCAGGUAAAGAGCACAACAAUGAGAUCAUCGGCAUGCUGUUUGACUACCUGCGCCUCAUUCAGUCGUCGGGCAUAACGCAACAUGUGUGGAAUGACAUGCUGGCUCUUGAUGAGAUUGAGUUUGAGUUCAACCGGCCGUUCACCGACCCGACCAGUGCUAUCUCCGGCCUGGCGCGGCGAUUGGGACGAAUUUCUUCACCGGCCGACCUGCUGUCUCCUCCAUCUCGCAGCAUCUGGGACCCGGAGAUGGCGUUGAAUAUUGUUAAAACCAUGACUCCGGACAAUGUGAUAGUGCUUAUUGGUUCGUCUGAGGAUGCUGGUUUUACGCACUAUGACCCUCUCUAUGCCUUUAACUUCACCAGGAGCACCAUAGGCAGAGUGCAGAGAGAAAGGUGGCAGUCGCAGAAGAGAGAUCCGUUUUUCAAAAUUCCCGGAGCUAAUCCGUACGUCCCGGAUAUCAAGACGCUGACGGCGCUGCAGGAGCAACUGCCCAUUCCCGCUCCAGAGCUAUUGGUUAAUGUUGCUGGCAAGAAGUUGUGGUGGUAUCCAAACCAUGAGUUUUCACGUGUGCCCAAAGUCUCCAUCGACAUUACCUUAUACACGGACGUUGAGCGUAUUCAGCAAGAUGAUGUAACGCUUCAUACCCUAAUGGCGCUGUGGCUUUCCAUGGUGGAAAAGGCAUUGAGCACUCUGACGUACAAUGCACACCUGGCUGGCCUAUCCUAUGGUCUAAGUCAUAGUGUGUCAUCGCUACACCUGACUGUCACCGGCUAUGCCGAUGUCAAGCCGCUUCGUCUCUAUCUCACCACACUGCUGGAGAGCAUCUUCAAGACAGCCUUGGACAGUGCGCUGCGCUUCACGCGCGUGCAGACGGAAAUGGCCCGUUCGCUGCGUCUAUUCGAUCGCCGCAAUGACAUCUUUGAGCAUGCCAAAGUCUUCAAGAACUUGCUGCUGCACAAGUACAACGUUGCAGCACAGCCCGACAAAGUGCUGUCCGCGGUGGAGAGCAUGACGCAUGAUCAGGUGGCCGGCUUCGUUACCACAUUCACCGGUGCGUUGACAGCUGUUGGCUUUGUUCAUGGCAGUGUAAGCAGAUCGGAAGCUAAAGCUCUCUUCGACAUGACGCCGGAAUUCCCUGUCGACCUCGACACUGUUCGGCACCAGGAAACCAUCGCGUUGGGACCCUCAUCGCGGCCAGUGUAUCGUUCCCUGACAACUGAGGCGGCUGCUAUCAACUCUGCAGUUUAUGAUAUCAUUCCUAUUGGUGCAUCAUGUGAAGUGGCUGGGAUCAGCAUCACUACGUACACGAUGGGCUGUAGCCAGGCGUCUCUGCGCCGCACUGUUUUUAUUCAGUUCCUGGUGCAGCUGAUCAGCGACGAGUGCUUUGAUCAGCUUCGUACCAAGGAACAGCUUGGCUAUAUUGUCUACUGUGGCUUCACCAAGUUUGUCAAUCAACAGCAACUCGUGGCCGUUGUUGUCAGUCCCAGCCGAAAUGUCACCUAUGUUGAAAGCCGCAUUCAGUCAUUCCUCGCGUCGUUUGCCGUCACUUUAGAAAACCGUUUGAGUGAUCCUUCUCGAUGGGCUCAGCUGCGUACUUCCGUCCGUUCUGUUUUAAGUCGCCCUGAUAAUUCUUUUGAAGACCUGACAUACCGCCUGAGGGCUGAAAUCCAUCAAGCUCGGUUCCAGUUUGACGUGAAUGCACAGCUGUUGUCAGAGCUGGAACAUGUCACCGACCCAAUGUCAGUGGUCAACUUCUACAAUGACAUCUUGCAAAGUAAACGCCAGCUCUCCAUUCAGAUCUAUAACAAGGAGGAGACGUCACUGCAUGCUGGUGAUAAUAUUCUUGACGAAUCGUCUCUACCAGCAUGGCGCCGCUCUCACCGGACCUACGUACCUUUAUCACGUGUUAGCUAUGGUAUAUGAGUUACACAACAUGCACUGCCACACACUGUAACUCUAUGUGUGUUGUGGCAGCAGUUUGUCAACAUUCAAAGUGAUUCCCACUGAGACAGACAACCAAUUUUAUUUCCGAAUUAGUACUUUUCUUGUCCAUCAUAUCCGUUGUUCUUCAUCUUUCCGCUCUUAGUUAAAUUUCAAUAAAACAUCCGUGCUUAUUUUAUGUCUAUCCAGCUGGUCCUGUUGAUUACGAUUCGGAAACUAUUGUCGCCUCGCCGCCUAAUAAUUUAAAUAUUCAAUUGGGUUUGUUUUAAUUAGGCCUACAAGUAGUUGCAAGAGUACAUAAACCGGUUUAUGUACUCUUGGUAGUUGUAGUUGUAGUUUUUAUCUGCGCAUUUUUCCCGAAACACUCCAAACGCCUGAUGGUUUUGAGGGAGACUCAUUGCUGGGUAGGAAAUGUAAUACUGUAUGCACUGUACAUGUACUUCAAGUAAUUACCAUCUUCUUGAUAACGCCGGUAUUACAUGA